GGGAGCCGCCGUCCAGAAAGGGCCCGGCGGCGAAACCCGGGGAGCCAAGGGGCCUCCGAGGGCCCCGCCCCAACGCCACCAACCCCGGGCUUCGGACCAAAAAAGAGAAAACCCCCCAGCGUUUUCGGGAAACUUGACAACAUGGCUUCUCCUCCUCCUCCUCCUCCUCACCAGCAGCUGCUGCAUCACCACGGCACCGAGGUGAGCUGUGACUCCAGCGGAGACAGCGGCAGCGUGCGGGUGAAAAUCCAGCCCCACCAUCACCACCACCACCACCACCACUACCACCACCACCCCCCCAACAGUCACCCCAAGCGCUGCAAAUACAGCAUCUCCUCCAGCUGCAGCAGCUCGGGGGAGUCGGGCGGGCUCCCCAGGCCGGGCCGAGGCCUCCGCCGGCAGAAGAAGCUGCCCCAGCUCUUCGAGAGGGCCUCCAGCCGCUGGUGGGACCCCAAGUUCGACUCCCCCAACCUGGAGGAGGCCUGCAUGGAGAGGUGCUUCCCGCAGACCCAGCGCCGGUUCCGCUACGCCCUCAUCUACCUCGGCGCGGCCUGCCUCCUCUGGGGCGUCUACUUCGGCGUCCACGUGGGAUCGCACCCGGUGGCCUUGGCCGUGCCGGCCCUGGCCUUCCUCCUGGUGUGCGCCUGCUUCUUCCUCUUCACCUUCACCGAGCUGUACGCCCGGCAUUACGUGUGGACCUCGCUGAGCCUCACCCUCCUGGUCUUCGCCCUGACCCUGGCGGCCCAGUUGCCGGUGGGGACGCCGCACUCCGGCGGAGAGGACCGGGCCAACCUCACGCCCCCGGCCGCGCCCCCCCGUUCCUGCCUCUCGCAGGUGGGCAGCUUCUCCGUGUGCGUCGAGGUCCUCCUGUUGCUCUACACCGUCAUGCGUCUGCCCCUGUACUUAAGCCUCCUGAUGGGCGUCACCUACUCGGUGCUCUUCGAGACCCUCGGCUUUCACUUCCGAGACAGGGACUGUUACCACGCGCUGGCCCCCCGGGCGGUGCACUGGGAGCUGCUGAGUAAGGCCCUGCUCCACGUCUGCAUCCACGCCAUCGGCAUCCACCUGUUCGUCAUGUCCGAAGUCAGGUCGAGGAGCACGUUCCUGAAGGUGGGGCAGUCGAUCAUGCACGGGAAGGACUUAGAAGUGGAGAAGGCCCUGAAGGAGAGGAUGAUCCACUCCGUGAUGCCCCGAAUCAUAGCGGACGACCUGAUGAAGCCGGGGGACGACGACAGCGAGAACUCCGUCAAGCGCCACUCCACCUCCAGCCCCAAGAACAGAAAGAAAAAGUCGUCCAUUCAGAAGACCCCCAUAAUAUUCCGCCCCUUCAAAAUGCAGCAGAUCGAAGAAGUGAGCAUUUUGUUCGCCGACAUCGUCGGCUUCACCAAGAUGAGCGCCAACAAAUCCGCCCACGCCCUCGUGGGCCUCCUGAAUGACCUCUUCGGGCGCUUUGACCGGUUGUGCGAAGAAACCAAGUGCGAGAAGAUAAGUACCUUGGGGGACUGUUACUACUGCGUGGCCGGCUGUCCGGAGCCCCGAGCGGACCACGCUUACUGCUGUAUCGAAAUGGGCCUGGGCAUGAUUAAAGCCAUCGAGCAGUUUUGCCAGGAAAAGAAAGAGAUGGUGAACAUGCGGGUCGGGGUGCACACCGGGACCGUCCUCUGUGGCAUUCUGGGCAUGAGGAGGUUUAAAUUUGAUGUGUGGUCAAACGAUGUCAAUCUAGCCAAUCUCAUGGAGCAGCUGGGAGUGGCCGGCAAGGUUCAUAUUUCGGAAGCGACGGCGAAGUAUUUAGACGAGCGUUACGAGAUGGAGGAUGGGAAAGUUCUUGAACGGGUUGGCCAGAACGUCGUUGCCGACCAGUUGAAAGGUUUGAAGACAUACCUGAUUUCAGGUCAGAAAGUGAAGGAACCACAGUGCAGCUGUUCAGAGACAGUAGUCGCUGGCUUUGAGGCAGGCGGCGGGUCGAGAUUAUCUUCAGGCCCUACGGUCCAGGGCCCAGCGUCUCUAGAGAGUACGGACGAUCUGACGCAGACCACCAAAGCCUUGGAGAAAUCUAAGGUUCAUGGAAAGGAGCAAGGAGAAGUUGACACAAAGGCAACAACAGAGUCAUUCUCAGGUGAAGAAGGAUCAACCUGGAUUCAAAUCAGUGAGACAUGUCCCUCAUGCGGAGUGGCAUUUACUCCCAACUCUGAAAUCAGUGCUGAGGAAACAACAGUUCAGAAUGGCUGUCAUGAAGAGCAUAAAAGCAAUGCAAAGCAGGCUUCUGAAGGACACAGUCCAAAGGCCCAAAAUGGACUUUUGAGUCCACCGCAAGAAGAGAAAUUAACCAACAGCCAGACGUCACUGUAUGAAAUGUUACAGGAGAAAGGAAGAUGGGCAGGAGUGAGCUUGGAUCAAUCAGCUCUCCUUCCACUGAGAUUCAAAAAUAUCCGAGAAAAGACAGAUGCUCAUUUUGUCGAUGUUAUUAAAGAAGACAGCCUGAUGAAGGACUAUUUCUUUAAACCUCCCAUUAAUAAAUUGAGCUUGAACUUCCUGGAUCGUGAUCUAGAGAUAACAUACAGAACCAGCUAUCAAGAAGAGGUUAUAAAGAAUUCUCCUGUGAAGACAUUCGCCAGUGCUACCUUCAGUUCCCUCCUGGAUGUGUUCCUGUCCACAACUGUUUUCCUAAUCCUCUCCAUCACCUGCUUCCUGAAGCACGGAACGGCUUCUGUAUCGCCUCCCCCAGCUGCGGUCGGGGUUUUCAUCAUCGCCAUUCUGUUGGAAGUGCUGUCUCUUAUCGUCUCAAUUAGAAUGGCAUUUUUCCUGGAAGAGGUAAUGAUUUGUACCAAGCGCCUCCUGGAAGUGAUAGCCGGUUGGCUUCCUCGGCAUUUUAUUGGAGCCAUCCUGGUUUCACUCCCUGCUCUCGCCGUCUUUUCACAUUUCACCGCCGACAUUGAAACAAACAAACAUUAUACCAUGUUCAUGUGCUCUGCCAUCCUGAUCACCAUUGUGCAGUAUUGUAACUUUUGCCAACUAAGCUCCUGGAUGAGGUCCUCCUUAGCCACCAUUGUGGGAACGGUGCUUCUCAUCAUACUCUACAUCUCGGUCUGUCCCGACAGGUCCAUGGAAAUUUCACAUCUAGAUACAGUGCAAAAUAUCAGUUCCAGGAAGAAUCCAUGCAACAGUUCUCUGCCAAGUAGCAGCUGGAGACCAGGCGCAAUCGAACAGGAAGCGAUACUCAUUUUCUUUCUCCUACUCCUGCUGGUCUGGUUCCUGAAUCGAGAGUUCGAAGUCAGCUACCGUCUCCACUAUCAUGGAGACGUAGAAGCUGAUCUUCACCGCACCAAAAUCCAGAGCAUGAGAGACCAGGCUGACUGGUUGCUGAGAAACAUUAUUCCCUAUCACGUGGCAGAGCAGUUGAAAGUUUCCCAGAGCUACUCCAAAAACCACGAUAACGGAGGGGUCAUCUUUGCCAGCAUCGUCAACUUCAGCGAGUUUUACGAAGAGAACUACGAGGGAGGCAAGGAGUGCUACCGAGUCCUCAAUGAACUGAUAGGUGAUUUUGACGAGCUGCUGAGCAAGUCCGAUUACAGCAGCAUCGAGAAGAUCAAAACCAUCGGGGCAACUUACAUGGCGGCCUCGGGCUUGAAUACCUCCCAGUGUCAAGACAGCGACCACCCACAUGGACAUUUGCGGACCCUUUUUGAAUUUGCCAAAGAAAUGAUGCGUGUUGUGGAUGACUUCAACAACAACAUGCUGUGGUUUAACUUCAAGCUUAGGAUUGGCUUUAACCACGGCCCCCUCACCGCUGGAGUAAUCGGCACCACCAAGUUGUUAUAUGACAUCUGGGGGGACACGGUGAACAUCGCAAGCAGGAUGGACACUACCGGAGUGGAAUGCCGCAUUCAGGUGAGUGAAGAGAGCUACCGGAUCCUAAACAAGAUGGGGUACGACUUUGACUACAGGGGGACGGUGAACGUGAAGGGGAAAGGUCAGAUGAAGACCUACCUUUACCCAAAAUGUAAUGACAACGGGAUCGUGCCCCAUCACCAGUUGUCUAUAUCUCCAGACAUCCGCGUGCAAGUAGACGGCAGCAUCGGACGGUCUCCUACAGACGAGAUUGCCAACCUGGUGCCUUCCGUACAGAAUUCCGACAAGACAUCUCACGGCUCUGAAAAUAACACAGAGGCGAGGGACCUCCACAUCCCCUCCAAGAAGCUCCGGAGAGAUCCGGGAAAGGCCGAAGAAAAGUGCCGGUUUGGCAAAGCCACCGAGAAGCCCGACUGUGGAGAAAGGGGGACAGAGGAAGCCAACGAGCUAACCAAACUGAAUAUUUCAAAGAGUGUAUGAUGCAGCAGCCGAGAGCUGCGUGAGGUGCUCUGUCCGUAUUGACAUUUGCGAUUGGCUGUUUUCUUUUCAAGAGAAAGAUUUUCAGGACCCGGGUUGUAUAGUCUGUUGUCAUUUGAAGCCCCGGAGGGCUGUCGAGCACAGUUAUUCAGGGUUUGUUUUCGUCCAUCUCUCUCCCCUCUUCCUGCUCCCCUAAAGCACCCGUUUCUUUAGCGUAACUCUCUUUCAGAUGUGUGGGGGAUAACAAGUGCCUUCAGGAAUAGUCCACGGCCUUUCAGUCCGAGACCAGAGGCCUCUGGUGAAAUCAUGGCUAUAGGUACCAAUCGAAUCUUCAAGCAAAAGCUGUGGUUUGCGAUCAUUUUUAUUGUUGUUUCUCACAAGACGCUCUUUUUUGGCUGAUCUUCGGAAUUUGGUUUUCUCUUUUUGUACAUAUGAUAUAGCAUUUUACAGUUAUUAGAACUUUCUAUGUAAACACCUGCAUACCUGCGUUUGGGAAACUGAUACAAAAGUGCCAGUAGUCUACCAAAAGGGAAUGUUAAAGGGUAAGGGGGUGGGCGGAGUCUUGCUUUGGGAUGUGUUAAGGAAGGAGUCGUUUCACUGUGUGUGACUCAACCGGGAGAUUAAAGCUGGCAUUAGAGCUGUCCCAGGUCCACCUUCUUUCCCAGUGCUCUGAUCCAGCGAAUGUGCCAUUUCUGUGCUCUGGAUGCCCUGCUUCUCUUACUUCAAGUGGUUUAAAACAGUUCAGACUUCACCGGUCUUGAGAUUCAAAAGGCGAAAAAAAGUGUCUUCAGUCUGGGCCUCAGGAAUUUAGAAGCCAUCUUCAUUUUAUCCCUUCUCGUGGGGGAUUUUCAAGCUUGGGGUCAAGUUGGUGUCUUUGAAGCUGGCCUGUUUGAGAGAAAACACUUCAAACUGAAUAUUUUGGUAUCACAUCUAUUUAUUUAUUUAUUGUUCGAUAAAUGUGUUUGAGGGGUUUUUUUUGGUUUGGUAGGGAGAAAUAGGAUUUGUAGGGUUUAGUAGUGGAUGUAAUGAAGCAGUAAUAAGGUGUCCGUUGAUAUUUCAGCCACUUCAAGCUAUCAACCACUGUGAGGAUGUUAGUAUUUGUGUGAAGACUGGUGUGACCGUCAGUCAUCAAAAUGCAGAGUGAGUGUGAAAAACCCCAGCUUUUCCUUUGGGUAUGAAAUGCCAAUGCUACCCAAUGUUCUGCAAGGCCACGAGGCAAGGUUUGAGACUGAGAUUCUUCCUGUUUCAUUAUAAGAACGCGUAUCAUUACCUGAGAAGCACAAAAAAAGAGAUAGACACUACUAACGUUCCCUUAGCAAGCUUCCACAAAUAUAAGCCGUUUCUUCUUUCUGGUUUUGGGCUGAAGGGCCCAUUUGGGGUACCCUAUGUUCUUGUAAGGUGGUUCCACCUUAUUUAGAGAGAACGCUGUCUUGCACUAUAAUAGGAUAGAAAAGUAUACAAUAAUCUCUACCCGAAUGAGUUUGUCCACUUAGGGGAAAGGAUAACCUGUGUGGGAAAUUCUUUGGUUUUUCUUUGCGCUGGGUCAUGAAUUGUAAUGAUUUUCUUCCCUCUUAAUUGCUAAAACUGAGAAUUGAAACCUGAAGAUAAUUCUGCUACGAUCAUUCGUAAUAUGUUGCUAGAGCACAGGUCCCAAAAUAAUUAGAGAGAAAAGUGUCGGUACCUCGUAGACAUUUUCCUCUCGCUGACAUAGAUCUUCCUGUCUUUCUCCUUUCUUUUAAAUGGAGUUUCUCUGAAAUUCUUGUUUCUCAUGAAUGCAGUUUUUGCAGCACCAAUAACGGUCCUAAAGGAUGCAAGGAAAGGCAUUAAUUAGUAUAAGUUUGUUUCAAAAUAUUCAUGCCAUUGAGCAACAUUUGCAAAUUUUACAACUGUAAAAAAUUUCCUUCGGUUUUGAUCUUUUCAGUAUGUCUUCCAUUUUUCCAGGAUAGUUGGACAAAUUCCUCUGGCCUUCAAAGAAUGUAUUACCAGGAAAAUCUAUAGAACUUUUUGUUACCUCUAGAAACACUAACUGAAGCUCUCCUAAUAGCUAAAAAUUGUCACCACUUAGAAUUUGUCAGUGUUCUGCUGAAUAUUUUAAUCUCUUUUUUCUUUCCUCCACUCAUUUCACUUUGAGGCUUUCAGCAAUGCCCCAGGGUUAAAACUGUUGAUUGCUGAAUUGGGUUCUGUGAUUUUUCUCAUCUUCCCAUUAAGUACGAGCUAAUAUAGCUCCUGUUGGGCUUUGGUCACGUGAGACUUACAAUUUCCUUUUCCUGUAACUGGGCUGUCUAAAUAUUCUCAUAUGAAAUCAAUAACCUGCGAACGGAAUUAAGGAUCAUAUAGAUUUAGACAUCUGAGUCAGUUUAGUACAAACACAAGUUAAAAUGAAGGAAGAUUUCCUAUUGGAUACAAUGAUGCUGUCUGCAAGCGGAACCCGACUGGGCCUAAUAAAUAAAUGGCCAGGGUGAGUGGUCCUUUAACGAUGCUAAACAAAUUUGAUCCCUUCCCUCACCAUCGCAUCAUUCACUUUAAUACCACAAAAUCUACAGGAAAAUGGUGUGACUCUGAUCAUUUUGGCAUUAAGCAAGUCAUGAUUGAAGACAGACAGACAUUUCUCAGCUUUUAGCUCAAAUUCCACCAUCUGCUCUUAAAAUGAAUUUGCUCUGCAAUGUAGCAAAUACCCUGUGCGUUUAGUUUAGGAGGUGAUAUUUGAUUUUAGAAUUCAUUGUGCACAGAUAGUAUUUUGUGGUUGCGAUUGAUAUUUAUUGAUACCAGUCAAAGGAGACUGUUAAAAGCAAAAAAGAAAAAAGAAUAACCCAGUGCUCACAGAUGCUGCGUCCUUUAGUUUUAAGUACUUGAUUCUCUUUUAUGCAAUUCAGACCCAGCUAUAAAAACAGCAAAUGCUUUAAAUAUUUGUAGUGAUUAAAAAGAAGCAUAUGUGGAUAAUUCCAAUCGCCGUCUGCUGAAUUGCAUGUCAGAACAUGGCUCAAAGCCAAAAAGGGAGUAUAUUCAUACAUUAAUUAGUUGACGAUGAGGUUUGUCAAUGAUAAAAAGCCUCUGUGUUUGCGUUGUUGAUUCUUUGGGGAGCAACUUUGAAGAAACACUGACUGUUUCAAAAGUUAUACUGUUCCCUAAAUUUGAAAUGCAAUGAACAAAAACAAACUGC